GGUAGUGUAUGUCAGAAUGCUGAACCUACAGCUAAAGACUUUCACUUCGUAAAUGUUCUCAGUGAAUCAAUGUCUGAAUACUACAAGAACGAGACUGCACGAGCGCAAAAAUUUCGAGAGUGUUUUAAGAAUUAUUUUGAUAUCAAUUUCCCUUGUAUUGAAUUCAACGAUGGAUCAUGCACAGAUGGUACCUGGUUCCCUAAUCCCAACGCCAGUUAUAUUAUGAAUGCUAAAGUAAAAAAAGAACCCGGCACUGGAGGCAACCCACACAUACAAAAUAUAGCAUAUUACAAACAAUAUUUUCUCCAAAACCAGGAUCUUGCUGAAACGUUUAGGCUGCCUUGCUUCCUUAUUCAGGUUGAUAGACUGGAGUUAAAUAUUCCCACUGCCAUUUAUGCUAAUAAGAUUAUUGUAGAUUCGUACGACUACAUCCUUUCUCUUGCCUGUUCACGCAGUCGUUUCGAGAAAUUCGCUCGUAUUUUCUGCGCCCUUAAGACAGCUAUCGUAUUACUGCAAAAAUACUAUGAUAAUCCCAUGCCAGAAAGCCAUGCAAGUCAGAGAGAAUUCCCUUAUCCCAACUCUGUUAAGAUGGACGAUGGCGAGGAAAUCCGAUUUGAAUAUCAUUCUGCUUUGGGUCCACUAGUUUUUGUUGUCGAUACACUUGAAAAUUCACAGAAUCUCCCUCAAAAAUUUGUCACUUAUCAUGAUACGAUAAAGAGUGCAAUGGAUCAGUUACAUUCUGCUGGAUACGUGCAUGGUGAUCUCCGCAGCAAUAACAUUAUGGUCCGUUAUCUAAACACAACAUCUUUGCCGGCUGUUUGUUUUGUUGACUGGGACUGGGCUGGUGAACAUGAACAAGUCAAAUAUCCCAUAUCAAUUAAUCCUGCCAUCAUUCGUCAUGAGAGUGCUCGACCUCAAGGACCAAUUCUAAUAGAACAUGACCAAUUUAUGGUCUCACGAUUGGUCUUUAAAGACAGUGUUUGUGUUAAACGUUAA